CGCUGGGCAAGCCGCGCGCCACGCCCUUCCUUUGCCCUCCACAAAAAUGGCGACUGGGGAUGACGCCGGCGUCAGGAGCCGCGAAUGUGACGCAGCGGCGUUGCUAUGACAACCGAAAACGACGCCGUGGGCUGUAACUACCUUUCUAUACCAAGAGGUCCAUCCUUCUCAUGGCGGGUUCACCUUCCUUUCCUGUUGAGCCACCAGGCAAAAUAGUGAGCCUCACUGUGCUGGAGGGCCACGACUUGAAAGGCCUCAAAGGAGACAGUCCGGUUACAUUUGUGCGCGUUGAGUACAAUGGCUUCGUUCUUGGUGACUCCCCCAAAAUGGACGCCUCUGCGGAAGGAAGCGUGAAGUACCAUUUCACCACCUCUUUUGACAGCCAUCCCGAAGGGUUACACACUUUGGAUGAUAUUGCCCAGAAACCUGUGAUAUUCACUGUGAUCGAAGUCCUACCAAAGGAGAAGAAGCAAAAAGAUGAAAAAGUGGUGUCUCUGGGCCAGGCGGUGGCAGACCUUCUCCCUCUCCUGCAAGGAUUGUGUACAUUCAAUGCAACACUUCCCCUGUAUCCAUUGCCUGGUUCGCCUCUGGAGACCCUCCGACCAGAAACCAAGGCUUCCAUCGAUAUCUUAGUAUCUGUCCAGGAGAGCUUACUGACUCAAAAUCAGCUGACGGAAGGCAAUCUGCUAAGAGUGACGGUAGAAGCUCUCUAUUCCGCCCCGGAGGCAUUUAUCCCCACCGGUCCACAAUAUAAUUACAUGGUGGGCUUUCAGGUGCCAGCAGUUGGUGAGAAAGAAUGCCCCUUCCUGUUCAAGAAUGGGACCCUGAAACUUGGCGGUGAGAGAGAACCUCUGCCUCGGCCCAAGAAGUGGCCAGUUGCCAACAUUUUAGCUCCCGGAGGACAGAACAUCCCAGAGGCUUUCAUUGUUGGUGGGGCCUUUGAGGAGGAAGAUGGAGAACUGAAUACCCCAGAGGAACGGGAAAGCAGGAUUCAGGGUGAAACUAUUAAGAAACGGAUUAUGUGGGACUUGGAAAGGCGUUGCUACCUGGAUCCUAUAGCUGUGCUAUGCUUCCGCAGGCGGAUUGCCGACUGUCGAUGUUGGCCUGUGGAAAUUACUAGAGUGCCGCUGGUCACAUCCACGAAAGUCAAAGCUGGCAAAGGAGACAAGGGAGGUGGCACUACUGCUGGAGCAGAAGAAGAUCCAAUUUCCUUUCACGGCGUGGCUUACGUCAGCUUGGUUCCUCUGCUAUAUCCAGGGGUGAAACGGAUCCGGGGAGCAUUCCGAGUUUUUCCUUACCACGACAGUGAAGUGUUUGAAAAGACCAAGUGCCUCUUCAGUCUUUUUCGCGAUGUGGGCCAUCAGGCAGUUCUUAAUAAAUUUGGACCCAUAGGAAUGUACAGUCCCCACACCAAAAGCAUCCUCGGGAAAAACAUCAAAGAUGACAAGCAACGAGAAUUAAUGAUGAGGAAGCCAUCCAAUAUUGUGAAAAAGGACACAUCCGAGAUCACAGUAGAGGCUGCCCUGUCUGUAUGCCAGAACUUGGAAGGACAGCAAUAUGUAGAAAACGGAAGUUUUAUUGUGUUAGAGUUUACGCUGGAUAGAGCUUUGGUGCCCAAGCGUCUGCCUGAGGAACUUGCCAGCCGAGUGAAAGAGAUGAUUCCUCCACACCCACCACUCCCUCGAAGGACUGCAGGAGCCACGAAGGCCGUCGAAGAUUACCACACGCAGAUCACCAGCAUUGCUGCAUCCAUCCUAGAUGAGUAUCAUGAGCUCUUUGGAAGGCAGGUGAUCCAAGGGCUUGUCGUUGAUUCUCAGACCCUGGAAGACCAGAAAUGUCAACUCAACUAUGAACUGAACACCUCCGGGAAAUACUUUGCCUUCAAGGAGCAACUCAAGCAUGCGGUUGUGAAAAUUGUGCGGGAGAAGUACUUGAAGACGACCGCCUUUGAAACUCUAGAUCAACUCCAAGCUUUCCUCAGUGAAUUGUAUGUCUACUUGAUGGAUCAGAUGCAUGUUGCCUUGAAUCAGGUGCUGUCCCUCCAGACUCCAAGUCCUCCUCUUCCCGUAUAUACCACCUUGGAGCAGCUCCAGCUGUUUGCUCGAGAGGCCCAGGUCAACGGAGAGUACGGUUUGGCAUCAACUUACUAUCAGGAGAGGUUGUCUCGAAACCCCCAAGAUAUCCAGAGCUGGUUGGAUUAUGGAGCUUUUUGCCUGUUGACUGAAGACAACCUCAAGGCCCAGGAAUGUUUCCAUGAGGCGGUUGGGCUGGAUGCCAAUCACCUGUCCAGUGUGCUGUUGUGUGGGAUCAUGGCUGUGAUGCUGCAGAAUUAUGAAGAGGCUGAAGUCUUUUUUGAGGACGCCACCUGUGUGGAGCCGAGCAGUGUCGUGGCCUGGACCAUGUUAGGACUUUUCUAUGAUAUCCAGGAAAACUACAUUCGGGUCGAGAUGGCCUUCCGUGAGGCUACCAAGCUCCAGAAGGCCCAUCUGCCCAAAGAGAAACCAAGCCCUCCAAACAUAGAAGAAGUACCAGUAGUGAAGAAAAGAACGUCAUACCUGGCUUCACGGGCGCAGUCCCUGGCUGGCCCAGAGGAGUCUGAAACGCCCAAACCUGCGGCAGUUGCAUUUGAACCAGAGCUGAGCCUGGUCAUACAACACCCCCAGCAGACCACCUCUAUUUUCAUGGAAACAAUCAAAUUCCUCUUGGAAGUCAAUGCCCUUCAGUUUGUUCACAGGGCGCUGGCGCAUGAGUUGAUCUCCCCUCAAGGAGGACCCAGCUGUGACUAUUACUUGGUGCUGGCCCAGACCUACAUGCUCAAAAAGGAAUAUGACCAAUCAGAAGAAAGCUUGGAAACAGCUAUGCAGAUUGAUUACCUGAAUCCAGAGGUUUGGGCUCAAAAAGGCCAUCUCUGCUACUUGACCGGGAAUUUCAGUGAAGCAAAGUCCUGCUACGAACGCACGAUCAGCUUUGUGACGGACGCGAAGGAUAUGCAUACCGUGUACCUGCGAUUGGGAUCCAUCUAUCUGGAAGGCAAGGAGUAUGACAAAGCCAAGCACAUUUACCUUCUGGCGAGUAAGAAAUCACCUUCUUGUCUCACCUGGCUGGGAGUAGGAAUUGCUUGCUACAAGCUCAAAGAGAUGGCCGAGGCAGAAGACGCUCUCUCUGAAGCCAACGCCCUCAACAACAGCAAUCCGGAGGUCUGGGCCUACCUCGCUUUGGUCUGCAUGAAGGGCGGAAGACAACUGGAGGCCGAACAAUCCUAUAAAUACGCUGUCAAGCUGGAAUUGGACAACCCCGAUCUCCUGCAGGAGGUCAAGCAAGUCCAGCUCGAAGUUGGCUUUGGUGAUCCAUCGUUCUGAUCCCCUCUUCUGCUGCUACCUUCUAAGCAGGGAUCGGCAGCGACCAUUUUACACAGCAGGGAGGUUGCCAGAUGUUUGCCGAUCAUCAGCACAGAGGCAUACUGCCACAUUUUGAAACAGCAAUGCCCUCUUGUUUCCGAAGUUUCCGCGAAAAGUUUACAGGGCGUCUUGCAUGGCAGUUUAUGAGCUCCUGGAAUUUAGAAGGAGCACAGUGCAGAGGUUCCAUUUGUUCCGUGGAAUAUCCAGCAAUGAAAUUAAAGCCAGCCGUAACGCAACUACAAGGCAUGCCUUCCCUACAGGCGUUACAAAACGCUGGAGAAAGAAUUUUUUUCCAGUUCCUCAGAAUAACUCUAGCACAGUUAUUUCUCAAGCCCUGGCAACUUUUAAGAGGCGUGGACUUCAAAAUCCCAGCAUUCCUCAGCCGGCUAUCCUACGCUGUCUGGGGAAUUCUGGGAGUUUGAAGUCCACGCCUCUUAAAAGUUGCCAAGCACUGCUCUAACACAUCACAAUAAUGAGAAGACCUUUGCUGGAGAUGAUUGGAGAAGAACAGGAAGAGGAAUUGGGCAGAGGUUCGGUGAACUGCCUCAUUUGUAGACAUUUCCAGGUUCCCUUUAGUGCAAGUGGAUAUUACAAACCAGAGCAGGAGCAAGAGUAAUUAAUAGAUUGGGUUUUAUAGAGCAUUUUGUUACCUGGGCUUCCCAAAAUUAUAUCCAUGAAUGUGAGUUCUUAACAAAGGUUUUGAUUCAGUUAGUUCAUCCAUGUAGCUCUCUGGAGAUGAUUCCCUCACGGCAGUUUUGACCUAAGUGAUCCGUUUUUGAUCUAACGGCUAGGUACAUUAUGGAUCCACGUUUAUUUUAUUCACAGCUUGGAUGGGGGUUUUUUUGGUCUGUUCCCUGUAAUUGCUUUGGCAGCACAGAAUUUUGAAAGAGGAAUCUAAAAUACGAUAUUCAAAGGA